GAGCGGAAGGGGCCGGGAGGCGGCGGAAGCGAUGCUGCGACGGAAACCAACGAGGUUGGAGCUGAAACUGGACGAUAUCGAGGAGUUCGAGGGAGUCCGGAAGGACCUGGAGAGCCGCAAGAAGCAGCGGGACGAGGCGGACGUGGCGGGCGGCGAGGAGGCGGCGGGCAUCGCGCUGGGAGCCGAGCACAAGAGCCGGGAGCAGCUCAUCAACGACCGCAUCGGGUACAAACCGCAGCACAAGGCCGGGGUCCGAGCCGCGCACUUCGGCACGUUCGAGUUCUGACGGUGCCGCUGCUCCCGGUACCGAACGGAGCCACACGAGGCUGUUUUAAUAAAUGGGCUUUUUUACAAACCGA